CAAAAGGGGGUAUGUCACUCGAAUUUAAUUAUUGUUAAGGUUAUGUUGUGAUUGUUCACGCCGUUCACAUCCAUCCUCAUAGACAAUGUAUUUGCGCUGUUAGCUGUUAACCUUUGGUGAAUUUGAGAUUAAUUUAAAGGAUUUUAAAGGACUCACAACUCUACUGACUUCGCGCGUUUUAAAACUAAUUCCAUUUUGGAAAAGUCUAUAGGUUGGAAAAACUGCGCACAAACCAGAAAAUCUGGAUCUGCGCAUAUUUUUCUUUAAGAAAACGAGAAAAACGUCUGAAAGAGGAAUAAGAGUUUAAAACAUAUUUUUUGUGUGUUUUAAAUGCCAUUUUUCUGUCAUUGGAAAUUUUAUAAUCCAACAGGUUUCAAUUUUUCCCUACCGAUAGUAUAUUUGGAUAAUUCUAGUGUCAAAGAUAAGAAACGUGUAUGAAAAACAAGAUCAUGUAUUUUUAGGUUAUAAUUUGAUUGAAGAAAAAAUAGCAAAAGCCGCAUACAAACCGCAAGGUGAAAAAAUUAUCCAAAUAAUGAUGAUUUGUUAGAAAAUGGACUUAUUUCUAUCACUCUCAUAAUGCUGCGAGUAUUUACCAAAAAAUCUGUCCGCUACGGUAUUCCAUUUCUACUUUUCAUCCUCGGUGGAACUUAUGGACUCAGUGAAUUCCAAGCCCUAAAAUUCAGAUAUAAGCCUAUGGUAGAACAAGACAUUCGUGAAGAAGCAGCCAAACUAGGAAUUCAAAUGAAAAAGAGGGGAGAAGUAACAAUAGAAACAGAAUACGAAAAAAUGAAGGACAAAAAAUUCGACAACUGGGAAAAUAAACGGAUCCCUAGGCCGUGGGAGGAGGAACCAAGCAAUACGUGAGUCGGAGAUCAAUGAUGUCACUCAAUUGCCAACAUUUAUUUCUUCAUACACUUAUUUUAAAUAUAAAGUGUUUCUUGUAAAACUUUAACGACAUUUGGAAUAUGUUGAGGUCAGUAAAAUUAUCAAAAAAUGUUGAUUAUUUGUAAUGUAUUAUUAUACAUAUUGAAUAUAUGAUUAUGCAGUAAUAAAAAACCGAAAUAUCCUUACUAA